GAAGAGGAGAUGGUUCGUUUGGUUGGUUUUUAUUCCCUCUUCUCGUUUGUGGAGAGGAGAACACACCGCUAUUUUCUCUCUCUUGCUUUCUCUCUCUAAACAAAACACACACAAAAACGCACUUUCUCUCUCUAAACAAAAAAGAAAAAGAAAAACACAUUCACUUUCUCUCUCUAAAACCAAAAAAAAAAAAAAAACAACAACAAUUCCUCCUCUCCAUUUCUUCUUCCUUCUCAUCUCUGUGAAUUCUCUCAGUUUUAAUAUUAUUGAUUUUGAUCGUUGCCGGUGUGGGGGAUUCUGGUAGAGUGACGACGGUGGGGGAGGGGAGGAGGGAUGAAUGGGAAUUCCGGCGAGAGGAUUUCUGGAGUGACGGCAUGGUGACCGGGAAUACAUGGAAUUCGAUGCUGGAAUUCCGAUGUCCCUAGCGGCCGUGACUGAGGCUCCCUCGCUGUCACCUUCCUUGAGCCAAGAUGCAAUGUGGCAAAUGAAUUUGAGAUCAAGUGAAACAAUGGAUUCUGGGCCCUAUCCUGAACGACCUGGAGAGCCAGAUUGUUCUUAUUACAUCAGAACAGGCCUUUGUAGAUUUGGUGCGACAUGUCGCUUUAAUCACCCACCUAACAGGAAGCUGGCUAUUGCUACUGCAAGGAUGAAAGGGGAGUUCCCGGAAAGAAUGGGACAACCUGAAUGUCAGUACUACCUGAAGACAGGAACUUGCAAGUUUGGAGCAACAUGCAAGUUUCAUCAUCCUAGAGACAAAGCGGGGAUUGCUGGAAGAGUUUCCUUAAAUACUUCAGGCUAUCCACUUCGUCCGAAUGAAACUGAAUGUGCCUAUUAUUUAAGAACUGGACAAUGCAAGUUUGGAAGCACUUGUAAAUUCCACCAUCCACAACCAAAUAAUAUGAUGGUUUCAAUGCGUGGCUCCCCCGUAUAUACUACUGUCCCUUCUCCUACCGCUCCUGGGCAACAAUCAUAUCCAGGAGGAAUUACAAACUGGUCUAGAGCUUCUUUUAUUCCAAGUCCACGCUGGCAAGGUCCAUCGAGUUAUCCACCUCUAAUCUUACCUCAGGGAGUCGUGUCAGUCCCUGGCUGGAAUGCAUAUGGUGGUCAGCUGGGGUCAGUAUCGUCUUCAGAAAAUCAGCAAAUAGCUGGAAAUAGUCCAAUCUAUGGAACUCCGCGCCAGAGUGAACAAAAUGCAGCAUCCCAAGGGACAUUUUCUCAAUACCGUUCUAGCUCUGUACCUGUAGGGUUCUAUGCAUUACAGAGGGAAAAUGUUUUCCCUGAGAGACCUGGCCAGCCUGAGUGCCAGUUUUACAUGAAGACCGGAGAUUGUAAGUUUGGAGCAGUUUGUAGAUUCCAUCAUCCUAGAGAGAGGCUAAUUCCUGUUCCAGACUGUGUCUUGAGUCCAAUAGGCCUUCCUCUACGACCGGGAGAACCUUUGUGCAUCUUCUAUUAUCGUUAUGGCAUCUGCAAGUUUGGUCCAAGUUGCAAGUUUGACCAUCCUAUGGGUAUUUUCACGUACAAUCUCUCUACAACUUCUUCGACUGAUACCCCAGUGCGGCGUUUGUUGGGCUCAUCAUCAGGGACUGCUGCAUUAAAUUUAUCAUCGGAAGGACUUGUUGAAGCAGGAUCAAAGCCGCGGAGACUUUCACUAUCGGAGCCCAGACAGAUGUCUUCUGGUGACGAGAAUACUGAGACAGAGGGCUGAACGUGCUUCAAGAAAUGAGCCAUUUACUUUUUACAAUCUUUUGGGAGAUAAACAAGAGUUAUGUGUAAAUUCAUUUCCAAUUACUGGAGAUGUACAGAAUUCAUGUAAAGUUGAUUCUGUUCUUCUGAAAAUACAUUUCAGUUGACAGACUCAACUUUCUGAUUUUCAUAAUGCUGCAUUGUAUAAAAUCUGCAAAUAUUGUCACAUUUGGUCAAACCCAAUGUGAACAUUUCAUCUGUUCCAAAGCCUCAUUUUCUUGUUUCCUGAUUUAUUUUCACCAGUGUUAUAUGUAAAAAGCAUUUGUUUUGCUAA